GCAGCCGCGGAAGGGCCACUCACUCACUCCUCACUCCUCACUUCAUCUUUUUUUGUGCACCUCCAGCUCGCCCCUUCCUCCUUCCUGUAUGGUGGAUAUUAUUUUCAGCUCUUCUUUCUUGGGUGAUAUGGGGGAUCAUUCCAAAAAGAAGCCAGCAUUCGCCAUGUGUGUGGGAUGCGGAAGCCAGAUCCACGACCAGUACAUCCUGAGAGUCUCCCCCGACCUGGAGUGGCACGCAGCCUGCCUCAAGUGUGCAGAGUGCAGCCAGUACCUGGACGAGAGCUGCACUUGCUUCGUGCGGGACGGCAAGACCUACUGCAAGAGAGACUACGUGAGGUUGUUCGGCAUCAAGUGCGCGAAGUGCAACCUGGGCUUCAGUAGCAGCGACCUGGUGAUGAGGGCCCGGGACAACGUUUACCACAUCGAGUGCUUCCGCUGCUCGGUGUGCAGCCGGCAGCUGCUGCCCGGCGACGAGUUCUCUCUGCGGGAAGACGAGCUCCUGUGCCGGGCCGACCACAGCCUGCUGCUGGACAGAGGCUCCGCCGGAAGCCCCGUCAGCCCCGGACACAACGUGCACUCCAACAGAGCCAUGCACCUGGCAGCAGAGCCGGUGACGGUGCGGCAGGCCCCGCAUCGCAACCACGUCCACAAGCAGUCGGAAAAGACCACGCGGGUGCGCACGGUGCUCAACGAGAAGCAGCUGCACACGCUGCGGACGUGCUACAACGCCAACCCGCGGCCCGACGCGCUCAUGAAGGAGCAGCUGGUGGAGAUGACCGGCCUGAGCCCCAGAGUCAUCCGCGUGUGGUUCCAGAACAAGCGGUGCAAGGACAAGAAGAAGUCGCUGCUCAUCAAGCAGCUCCAGCAGCAGCACAGUGAUAAGACUGUAAGCAUCUUCAACCUGCAGGGCCUGACGGGAACGCCUCUGGUGGCCGGGAGUCCCAUCCGGCACGAGAGCGCCGUGCAGGGCAACCCGGUGGAGGUCCAGACCUACCAGCCGCCUUGGAAGGCCCUCAGCGAGUUUGCCCUGCAGAGUGACCUGGACCAGCCUGCCUUCCAACAACUGGUGUCUUUCUCUGAGUCUGGCUCUCUGGGCAACUCGUCGGGAAGUGACGUCACAUCAUUAUCCUCUCAGUUACCGGACACCCCCAACAGUAUGGUACCCAGCCCGGUGGAGACGUGAAACCCACGACCUCCGCCAAGACCCCCCCCCCU